UGAUAGAAAAUCAAUAGAUUGUAUUUCCGCCAUUAAAAAAACAGAUUAGUAACAGAUAAAUGAAGUGCAAGCUAAUUCCCCACCCUAAAUAUAGCAACUCAAACCAAAUUCAAAAAAGAAACUAAUCAACCCAACAAUUGGCUGUUAAAUCCUUAAGUCUCGCUUUUCCAACCCAACUCUCUUCCCAUUUUACCUCAAAUCUUCGCCUCUGCUCAAACAUUCCUCAUCUUCUUUAAUAAAUUGCUUGAGUUUAGAUUAUAAGAAUAUGUUCAAUUAAGUCCUGUGGUGUAACUAGAAAUGGUUAAAUAUGGAAGGUAAACGCAGAUUCAAGAAUUAUGAGGUUAUGAAUGGUGGAGCUUCUUCAUUACACGAAUGCCGAUUGGCUCAGUUUCAUUUAUCGGCGUUUGAUUCUUUUUCCAUUGCUUCAGAAUCCUUUUCUUAGCCAGAAAAAUUAAAAGUUUCGAAACAAUUUUGACACCGACAUCUAUUUUUUGAUUUUGUUGUUGUUGUUAUUGCUUUCUGUUUGGUGGAAUGAAACCGGGUGGUGGUGGUUUUGUUGGCGGAGGAGCACCGCCGUUAGUUUCUGACUAUAAUGGAACUUAUUCGGCUUUAGAGCCGUCCGAUUCAAAGCCUGAUUUCAUCGAAAAGGAUCCGACCGGUCGAUACGUUCGGUACGAUGAGAUCUUGGGCAAGGGUGCUUUCAAGACUGUCUACAAGGCGUUUGAUGAAGUAGAAGGAAUAGAAGUUGCUUGGAACCAAGUAAAGAUCGAUGAUGUGUUGCAAUCACCGGAAGAUUUGGAGAAAUUAUAUUCCGAAGUUCAUCUUCUCAGAUCAGUAAAACAUGAAAACAUCAUGAAGUUCUAUAAUUCUUGGGUAAAUGAUAAAAAGAAAACUGUUAACAUGAUUACUGAACUCUUCACAUCUGGCAAUCUCAGGCAAUAUCGGAAAAAACACAAGAAUGUCGAUAUGAAGGCGAUAAAGAAUUGGGCUAGGCAAAUUCUCCAAGGUCUAGUCUAUCUUCAUGGCCACAAUCCGCCUAUUGUUCAUAGGGAUUUAAAGUGCGAUAAUGUAUUUGUUAAUGGACAUCACGGAGAGGUUAAAAUUGGAGAUCUCGGAUUAGCCAUUGUUAUGCAGCAAGCUACUGCUACAAGUGUCAUAGGAACUCCUGAAUUUAUGGCUCCUGAACUUUAUGAAGAGGAGUAUAAUGAACUCAUAGAUAUAUAUUCUUUCGGGAUGUGCAUGCUCGAAAUGGUUACUUUUGAAUACCCAUACAGUGAAUGUAAAAAUCCAGCUCAAAUUUACAAGAAGGUCACCUCUGGUAUUAAACCUGCUUGUCUUAAAAGUGUUAGUGAUCCACAAAUUAAGGAGUUUAUCCUGAAAUGCCUGGCUCCAGCAUCUGAGAGACUGUCUGCCAAAGAUCUUCUCAAAGAUCCAUUCCUUCAGCCUCGAAACCCAGUAGAACCAAUGCGUGAUCCCUUGCUUUUACCUAACCAGUACCCUAAAUCAUUAAGUACAACCAAGUCAGGACCCCUGUCCAUGGACAUAGAUGCUGACUACAAGCAGAUUUCUGCAAGCACAUGUACCGAUAGAAACAAUGACGGUUCAAGAUUGUCGGUGUUGGAAUAUCAGAAAGCUUAUAAGAACAAGGAGUUUAGGUUAAAAGGAACAAAAGGUGAUGAUAAUUCCGUAUCAUUGACAUUGCGAAUUGCUGACUCUUCUUGUCGAGUUAGGAAUAUUCAUUUCCUAUUCUACCUUGACAGUGAUACUGCACUAUCGGUGGCAAGUGAGAUGGUUGAACAGCUGAGCUUGGCAGAUCAUGAUGUGUCCUUCAUAGCAGAGUUCAUCGAUCACUUGAUUAUGAAACUAAUUCCUGGUUGGAAGCCAUCGUCGACUUAUUCCUCGAGUGAAAUGAUGAGAUUUUACACGGCAUCUACAGUCCUUGAGAACUCAGUGGCUUCCCACUGGGAUCCAGUGCUUGGUCAGCCAGUGGUCGAGCAAGAUGCUAUCUCUGGGCUAACCACGGCUGCACCAGAACUUAGUGUACAAGUUGGUGACUGCUUUAGCAGUGACAACCCUGAUGGCGGUGUUUUUCACUUUGACUAUUAUUCUUCUCAAAAUUUGGUUAACAUGGAUGACCAAGAUUCGCUAACAUCAGUUGUUUCGGAGAUAUUGGUGGAAGAUGCAUCCUCAAAAGAUUAUAGAACAUCUGAACUCCAUGAUUACAACAUUGAUGGAAGUUUCAAGUUGAGCGAGUAUAUUCCUGAACCAGAACUCAGGGAUGCUUGUAUUCCUCACAAAUUGGAAAGAAGUGACAGCUGCGUCGGAGAAAACACGCAAAUGAAUGGAAUUGAGAAGUACGAGUUGCCGUCUUCAUACAUAGUUGGGAAAGAUAUAGAUAUUGAUCUAAAGGUGGAGCUGGAUGCAAUUGAAGCACAGUACCAGAAUUGGUUUCGGGAGCUUUCAAGGAUGAAAGAGGAGGCAUUGGAUGCUGCCAAAAAGCGGUGGAUAGCAAAGAAAAAAGUACCUCAUCAUUAGUCACUACUGUAAUUCUAGGUUAGUUUAUACCAUUGUCUAAGUUUUGUGAAUACUGUAUUUGUAACAUUGUUGGAAAUCUAAACCUUCCAUGAGAAUUCAUAUAAUUAUAUGGAUUGUAUGA